AGGUCUUUGUACUGGGACACAGGCACACAUCUAGAGGGGAGAGAGAGCGAGUGAGAGAGACAGAGGGAGACAGAGAGAGAGAGAAGUUUAGUCUGACUUCAGGUCUGCACUGCCACGGUCCGCAAUCCCAUCAUACACUCAUGCACUUGGAGCUCAAAUCUGGAUUAUAACUUCUCUUAUUGGGAAAAUGAACAACCAGGGGUGGUCCCACGCCCUGCACCUCGUCCUGCUGUGCUCACUGGGGACUGCCCUGCAGGUUAUUGAAGAACGAGGCUCUGGGGGACACUUGGACCUGACUGAGUUGAUAGGGGUCCCUCUUCCUCCCUCUGUUUCCUUUGCUCCUGGUUUUGAAGGUUUCCCAGCGUACAACUUUGGGCCUGAAGCCAACAUCGGGCGGCUCACCAAGACUUUCAUCCCUGGCCCAUUCUACAGGGACUUCGCCAUCAUUGUCACGAUUCGACCAACGACCUUGAGAGGAGGUGUGCUGUUUGCCAUCACAGAUGCCCAUCAGAAGGUGGUGGAGCUGGGGCUGGCCCUCACUCCAGUGCGUGAGGGCCUCCAGAGCAUCCUGUUGUACUACACGGACAGAGAACACGCUGCUCACAGCCACAAAGCAGCUGCUUUCACUGUACAGGACAUGACAGACCAGUGGACGCGAUUUACAUUGGUUGUGGAGCAUGAAGAGGUGCGUCUCUACAUGGACUGUGGUGAAGCAGAGAGGACCACCUUCCAGCGCAGACCAGACAGACUCACAUUUUCACAUAAUUCAGGCAUUUUUGUGGGCAAUGCAGGAAGCACUGGCCUUGACAAGUUUGUGGGGUCUAUUCAGCAGCUCGUGAUAAGAGACGACCCUAGAGCUGCGGAGGAGCAGUGUGAAGAUGAUGAUCCUUAUGCCUCAGGGUUCUCCAGUGGUGAUGAUUCUUUGGAUGAUAGGGAGACAGAGGAGGAGGUAAAGAAGAACUCACAGAGAAGGAAACCCACCUCAGCACAGGAGGAUAGUGUUCCAGUGAGUGCCCCACCCACCGAGGCCCCAGAGACUGAACUAGAUGGAUACUCUGGUCAGCUGACUCCCACUGAGAGCACCAAACAUCUGAGAGAUUCUCAUAGAAUUAAAGAGGCCGAAGAGGGAGGCCACAGACUGAAAGGAGAGAGGGGGGAGCCAGGGCCCCGGGGGCUGCCCGGUCCUCCUGGUCCCCCUGGGUCCUCUUUAGCUCCAGGAAAAGGCCAACCAGGACCCCGUGGCCCUCAAGGACCCACAGGGGCCCCAGGACUACCAGGGUUUCCUGGGAGAGAUGGCGAGCAGGGAACCAAAGGAGAAAAGGGAGAUCAAGGUCAGAGAGGGACUCAGGGAACAAUAGGCUUACCCGGAGAAACUGGAGCCAAAGGAGCGAAGGGAGAUCCAGGACUGGGUUUACCUGGGCCACCUGGCCUCCCAGGGCCACCUGGACCGCCCAGAUCACACAGUGUACCAUAUGGAAAUGAUGCACUGGGUUCUGGAUUUGGAGACCUCGACAUGGACACUGAAGUCAUCAGGGGACCUCCUGGCCCACCAGGACCACCGGGCCCUCCUGGCCCUCCUGCACCCCACACACUUCCUAAUAUAGAGGGACUCUCCCCUGGACCUCCAGGGGCCCCUGGAAAAGAUGGUUUACAAGGAAGACCUGGAAUACCAGGAACAGCAGGAAAAGACGGUGCUCCGGGUGUGCCAGGACAAAAGGGACAGAAAGGUGACCAAGGAUUGACCGGCUUACCUGGACCAAAGGGUGAAUGUGGGUCAAUAGGCAGCACUGGCGCCAAAGGACUUGAAGGUCCUAGAGGUCCCCCUGGACAGAGGGGACCAGUGGGCCCCCCAGGGCCACCAGGGCCUCCAGGACCACCAGGAUCUAAGUACUUUGUAGAGGAUAUGGAGGGCUCAGGAAAGAGUGAUAUGCUGAUUAGUGCUGGAUUCAGAGGACCUCAGGGUUCUCCAGGUCUACCUGGUCCCAGAGGGCCAAAGGGGGAGGAUGGAGCCCCAGGUGCCCCAGGACUCUCAGUAAAGGGAGAGGCAGGAGACACAGGUCCACCCGGUAUUCAAGGUCUGGCUGGACUACCCGGGGCGAGGGGGGCUAAAGGAGAAAAGGGCAGCCCAGGACUAAAGGGAGAGCCCGGCAAUGAUGGACUCAGUAUCACAGGACCUCCCGGACCUCCCGGGCCUCCUGGGCCAGUUAUAAAUAUGGAAGAGUUUCUCUUCAAUUUUACAGAUGGGCUGUAUAACUUCACUGUGAUCAAAGGACCACCUGGACCUGUGGGACCAGAGGGUUUGCCUGGCAGAGCUGGAUUUCCUGGACCUCGGGGACCAAAGGGAGACAUGGGCAAUCAAGGAGUUCAGGGUUUACCAGGGCUUAAGGGAGAGAAAGGGGAGCCAGGAGUAACAAUCGCUGCUGAUGGAUCUGUCAUUUCAUCUCCAAGAGGUCCUAUUGGGCCUAAGGGAGUGAAGGGUGAUCGUGGCUUGCCAGGCCCCACAGGACUUAUGGGACCAAUCGGACCACCGGGACAAAAAGGAGAGUAUGGAUUCCCUGGUCGUUCAGGACGGCCUGGUGUUCCUGGAAGAAAAGGAGAGAAAGGGGAUUCUCCUGGCCCACCAGGCCCACCUGGUCCUCCUGGCCCACCUGGACCCCCAGGAAGGAUUUUUGGUUUGAAUGGGACAGUGUUCCCCGUGCGCCCCCGACCGCACUGCAAACCGGGCCGAGGCUCGUAUUCAGUGGGCACUAAAGGAGACAAAGGAGAGGCAGGAUUACCUGGGGAGCCUGCUGUAUUUGGUCUUCCAGAUGGAGCCGAGCUGCGUCGAGGUGAAAAGGGAGAGGAGGGCUACAGAGGGCAGAAAGGAGAGAAGGGUGACACGGGCCCUCCUGGUCCUCCAGGGUUGCCAGGACGAUCAGGACUGGUGGGUCCAAAGGGUGAGUCUGUGGUGGGUCCUCCAGGUCCUGUUGGUCCUCCAGGUCUGCCUGGUACAGCAGGGAUUGGACGCCCAGGUGCGAGAGGUCCUCCAGGGCCUCCAGGACCUUCAGGGUCAGCCUUUUCCUAUGGAUCAGUCACUGUUCCUGGCCCACCUGGUCCUCCUGGUCCUCCCGGGACUCCAGGAUAUACCAACCCGAUCACAACAUAUAAGAGCCUUCACGCUCUGAGCAGAGAGACCCAGCGAGCUGCCGAGGGAACACUAGCCUAUGUAUCAGAGAGGGGUGGGGAGCUAUACAUCAGGACACGCCAUGGCUGGAAAAAAAUACAGCUUGGAGAGUUGAUCCAUUCAUCUUCCGCUGCGUCACAGGCUUUGAGUCGACCUGGGGACUGGAGCAGACCUCCUAGGAUCCAUAGCCAGGAGCUGCAGGAGGGUGACAGGGGCUACCAGCCCAGCUAUAAUGUGCUGCCACAGACCUUCAACGCAGUCCCAGGACUUCAUCUGGUCGCUCUGAACACACCACUGAAGGGGGACAUGCGGGGCAUCAGGGGGGCAGACUUCCAGUGCUACCAGCAGGCUCGCUCCAUGGGGCUGACCACCACGUACAGAGCCUUCCUCUCCUCUCACCUCCAGGACCUGGCCACUAUAGUCAGAAAGGCAGACCGCAAUGACAUGCCCGUGGUCAAUAUGAGGGGAGAGGUCUUAUUCGACAGCUGGGCGUCUAUCUUCUCUGGGAACGGAGGAGUCUUCAACCCCUCUGUCCCCAUUUACUCCUUUGAUGGGCGCAAUGUUCUAACUGACCCUGCAUGGCCGGAGAAGUUGAUUUGGCAUGGCUCCAGUCCGGUGGGCAUCAGACUGACUACAAACUACUGUGAGGCCUGGAGGACAGCGGACAUGGCGGUGACCGGACAGGCUGCUCUGCUCCAGUCGGGACGUCUCCUGGGACAACACACACGCGCCUGCUCCAACCACUAUAUCGUGCUUUGUAUAGAAAACACCUAUGUGGGCCACAAUAACCCCAAAAGGACCUGAACACUGAAAUACAGACAGAAUGGAGCUCCAUGAAGUAAACCACAUUUAUUCAACAAAUUCAGGCACAUACUCUGUACAAAAUGACACUGUUUGUUGACACGAGGGACAAGUGAAAGGGCACUUCUCAAGGUGGUUACUAAUGUAGAAGUAUAGCAUCACAGAACUACAGUGACUUUUAAUAACUACUUUUUUUUUAUCUAGGCCUAUUUUUUCUAUAAUUAUCAGUAUUAAAUUCCAUACUGUCUUGUCUUGUUGUUGUAGCUAGAUGCUGUCUUGUUUAGUUUUGUCCAUUAUGAGUAUAGUUAAUUGGAAAAUGCAUUACCUCUCCCAUUUUGUUAUGUGAUGACGUCUUGCACAGAGUGUAACAAACUAUAUUUACUGCAGCUUUACAGUCAUUACAAACAGGCUAACAUGGUUCAGCCCAUCUUGUAAAGCCCUCAAUGUAACUUGCCUUAACUUGCCUUUAUUUUAUCAAUGUGAUUCACUGCCAGUACAUAAGAGUUACUCGUGUAGAGAGGUCUUAUUGCUUAUUUGUUUAUUGAGUAUUUGUUUGUCAGCUGCUCAUCUAUGCUUUUAGUCUUGUGUCUUAAUGUCGUUUUUGCUAGGUUGUUACACUAAUUACACAAAUUCACACUUUUCAUACUUUUAUGAACCAGUUUACAGACGUAUCUGAGAGUGAGUGAGUGUAAAACUUUAGUCCGACAGCUGGGUUGUCCAAUGUAAUCUGAUUUCUGCAUUUUUCAUUAUAAGGAUAAGACACUAUCCCAUUUGGUUUCAACUAUGUUGGUGUUUAACAGUUGUUUGUUGUUUGUACUUUAAGUCGCAUGGUAUUGAAUGAACAAAGUAUGGAAAUCUGGAUGAUGGAAUCUGCUGAACUCUCCUGCUGCUUACACUAAUUGCUAACUGUUUUAGUUUCGCUUGAGAAAAAACACUUUGCUUUUAUUUAUCUUAUAAGUAAAGUAGUUUGACAAUUCCCCCACUCCUCAGUUGACAUAUUUGUUGACCAUGUAUAUACUGUUCAGUGCUAUUUUUGUAUUAUGUAGGUUUUGUAAAGUGUACACUGUAACAGACAAUUUUUCUUUCCCUAUUUUCAAAUAGGAUAGAUAUUGGCACUACAUUUGUGUCUUGACUUACACAGUAUUAGUUCACUCUACACAGCUUUUCUUUUGUUUUGUGGGAUGACAUGAAAUCUUUUGUACUGAUAGAUGGUGCUUUAUGAAUAAAUGUUUUUAUUUUGUAUUUUUUAAGGGGGUGAAUAUUUUUCAUUCAGAAUACUCCAGCCUACUUAAGAUCCGGUACA